AUGGCUUCUCAAUUGCGACAGAACCAGAGCAUCUUGCUCAGCUUACCCGCCGAAAUUCUCGCAGAGAUUGUGAAAGAACUACGUUUCAUCAGUGUUCCUUUUAGCACUGAGUACCCAAACAUCAAGGUCGAGAAAGAGACCCAUGAGAACCUCAAAUCUCUGAGACUAGCGCACAGAACAUUCGCAGAUUGCGAUGACCUGAAUAGCAUCCUCUUCAGUAACAUCUGUCUCGAGCCCACUCGUGCUGGUCUCACGAGUCUUCAGCGCGGUGACUUCUCGCGCGUCGCCCAGCAUGUCCAUUCUAUCACGUUCACGACACCACCGAGCUGGGCCCUUCCUUACAAGGCGUAUGAAAAGGUCCUUCGCAGUUCACAGGAAUCUUCCGUGCUCUUUUUGCCUGAAGGGCUGAAGUCUGCGUAUGAUGCUUACAUGAGAGACGCUCGAGAUACGCAGGGACUACUUGAGGAUCCAGAGAGUGAACUGAAGAAAGCAUGGACAGAGAUCCUGAAGACUUUGGGAGAGCGUCUUAAGAUGUUAAAGCUUCUAAGCUACGACUGUGAGAAGAUCCGUCAGGUCAAAUAUCUUGACACGGUCGACAAGGAGGAAAUCGGGAUGCCAUGGCGGCUUCCUCGACAUGAUCAUCAAGAAGAUAGAUUUGCCCAUUUUGAGCUCAGAGAUCAGAAUUCCGAGCCUACUGUCGAGUACCAUUGCAAGCACGCUACAGCCGUCGCAGGCGAUAAACUCAUCGCCAUGGUCUUCACAUGCCUGGCAGCGUCGGGCGUUGCUAUCCCAAAUCUGAACAUCCAGGUGUUCAUGACCGGUGAUCUCGAGUGCAAAGAUAUUCCUGGUUGGGAAGACCUCGACUUCAACAAGCUCAAGAUACUCCAUAUCUCUCCCGAGAUCCCUUCUGGCGAGAAUGGUCUCGUUGAGAGACACCUCUGGGCUAUGUCCAACUCACAUGCCGAGAAGAUGAAGAUCAAGGCCGGCGACUUUUGUCACGAUCUGCUGGACAAGUGCCAUUCCAGCAUACAGCACUUCGCAUAUGGCAUAGACCAUGUUGGGAAAGGUGUUCUCUGUUGGCCAGUAAGAAAGCCCAGCCAUGAGUUUCCAGAGCUUACUCACUUAACCCAAAAGGGCAACCAUUUCCCCCAGGCCCUAGCACACUGGCUUCUCCACCUGAAGAGUCUGCAGCAUCUCGAGGUAUCUGGUAAGGUAUGCCGAGGACCAGCCGACUUCGACUGGCGCUUUGUCUUUAGUGCGAUACGCCAACACCCCAACGUGUCAGGCGACACUCCCAACGGCCUUAAGGUUGACCUUGAUGACCUCCACAUGGAGGGUGACGUUUCUUACAGCGGAGUCAUCUGCAAGGAUGCUAGCAUUGCUACAAAGAGACAUGAGCGUGAUAUGAGUCUUGAACUCUGGAAAGAUUUGAAUUACGGUAUGGAAGCUCACUUUUACGGAGAGGUGCCUCUUGGAGAGAACAAGGCUCUGUUGUACUGUAUGGGUCAAUGGGAACCAGAGGAUGAGGAUGAUGAGAGUGAUUCUUGA